AGAGUUGUAAGUGGCAAAAUGAAGGCGGCAGCGAUGACAUGAGAUUCACACGUUCUGCGACACGCUAUUGCCUUUAUCACCUCCUCCUCAUCAUCACCGCCGUCUCUUUCUGUCUCUCGCCUUCUUUGCUUCUCCUCCCACACCCAGAAGAGAGAGAGAGAUGGCGCAGUGGCUGCCGGUGACGACACCGUUGGCCCCGACAACUGGGAUGAAAUCGUCCUUCUUGUCCCCGCAGUCCCUGGGGCUUUUGAGCGCCAAGGCGAAGGUGGCUUCGUCUGCUGCUUCGUCUUCUUUGACCUCCUCCUCCCCAAUACCAAGGCCCUCCAUCUCCAUGCGUCUUGCCUCCAAGCAAGCCUACAUCUGUCGUGAUUGCGGCUACAUUUACGGCGACCGCACUCCCUUCGACAAGUUACCCGACAACUACUUCUGCCCUGUUUGUGGUGCUCCCAAACGGAGAUUUAGGGCAUACGAGCCUGCCGUGGCCAAGAAUGCUAAUGCCACGGAUGUUCGCAAGGCAAGGAAAGCUCAAAUCCAGAGGGACGAAGCUAUUGGGCGAUUUUUGCCCAUUGGUGUGGCAGUUGGAGCUAUUGCCCUUGCUGCUCUGUAUUUCUAUCUCAACAGUUUAUUCUAGUCUACCCUGCGCUUCUAUUUCAUCUGCACAAUAUUUGUUGAGAAUGCAUCAUCAUUACAUAACUUCUUAGGUUUUCAUUACCUGUAAGAACAUAUUGCUGCAAUAGUACGCAUUGUCUUGGAUUC